AUGACCUCAGUUUCUGAGCGACUGGUACUGCAGCUAGUGAAGUUACACCAGCGUGAGGAGGAGAUAGAGCGGGAGAGGUCUCUUUUGCGUGAGAGGGAGGACCUGAAGGCGUCCUUGGGGAAACGGCUGGCGCAGGUGCAGGGUCAACUUCAGAAGGUGGAAUCUGUACGCGCAACCCUCGAAGAACUUAAUAGGGCCGAAGAGGAAAAGUAUCAUGAAGCACGGAAGGAGGAUGAGGUGGAGAGGGAGAGGCUUUCGGAAAGUCUCCGUGACGCCAUUGACACCGUGAAUGCUUACUCGGAAGAAGUUAUGAAGAUGGAGGCGAAGGCGAAUCAUGAGAACAAAUCCCUCAAGGAACAACUGGAAAUUUAUGCCAAGCACCUCUCCAGUGGAGAGGACAAAUAUGACGAAAUAAUGAAGGCACGCGAGGCGGAGUACGCAAAGAUUGAGUCCAAGCGCGAUACGGAGGCGGCACGUAAGCCGCAGCUGGAAAAGGAAUUGGAGGAUGAAACAAGGGAGUUUGAAGCAGCCCGUAAGGAGCAUGCAGAGCUGCAGGAGAAGGUGAAUGGGUGUCUCACGUACCUCUCAGAUUUUCAAGAGCGCCUGCUAAAGGCGAGGGAAACUUUUGAAAGUGCGAAGAACGAGAAGGAACGACAGAUGCGGAAAAUUCGCUCCUUGGAGAGUGAUAGGCAGCUGAUGAUCUCAAGGGCUGAGAAGAGCAAAGGCGAGCGUGAUAAGGAGCAUGCAAAGGUGAUGCUUCUUGAGGAAAAGAUAAACACACUGAAAAAGCAGACAGAGAAGAUAUGGGCGGUGGUGGCAAUGCUGGACGGCGGGGAAGCAGACAAAGAAGCACGGAACGAAAAAAAUUAG